AUGGAGACAAUUCCAGUUUUAGAAACUGGAGUGCUUUUACUUGCUGGCAUUUUAGCAGUAUAUUAUUUGUAUAAAAAAACUCUUUUUGGUAAGAGAAAACAUUCGAUUACACUUAAAGAUCCGACUAGAAAAUAUAAGCUUAAAUUAAUUGAUGUCGUAGAAAUCAGUCAUGAUACGAAAAAAUUUAGAUUUUCUCUUCCUAGUGAGAAUGAGGUUUUGGGUUUACCAAUUGGACAGCACAUAACUCUGUCAGCUGUAAUAAAUGGUGAACUUGUUGUAAGAAGUUACACCCCAAUUUCUAGCGAUGAUGAUAUAGGUUAUGUUGAUUUAAUUGUAAAAAUUUACAGAAAAAACACACAUCCUAGAUUUCCUCAAGGUGGUAAAAUGAGUCAAUAUUUAGAAAGUUUGUCUCUCUUGGACACAAUUGAUGUAAGAGGACCAUCUGGUAGAUUACAAUAUUUAGGAAAUGGAGAAUUUUCUAUUAAAAACCUCAGAAAAAGUCCACCUACAAUUGUUAAAGUGAAAUAUGUGAACAUGAUUGCCGGUGGUACUGGUAUCACACCCAUGUUACAAAUAAUAAGACAUAUUUGUAAAGAUUCAAAUGAUACUACUAAAGUGGCUCUUUUAUUCGCUAAUCAAACCGAAAGUGAUAUUUUGAUGAGGAAAGAAUUAGACGAAACAGCUGAAAAUUUUCCCAAUAAAUUUAAAUUAUGGUACACAGUAGACACAGCAGGAGAUGAUUGGACUUACAGUACGGGAUUCAUCAAUGCCGAUAUGAUUUCUAAUCAUUUAUAUUCAGAAGUGAAUGAUACAAUUGUAUUAAUGUGUGGUCCUCCACCCAUGAUUAAAUUUGCAUGCGAACCUAGUUUAGAUUAUUUGGGUGUUGAUAAAGAAUUAAGAUUUGUUUUUUAA